AUGCGUUCGGAAGAGAUGGUGACAUUUGUGCGGUAUUGCACCGCAAGUGAUAUGCGCAUCGAGCUCUGCUAUCAAUGUUUUGGUGAUCCACUUAAACAGAUGCCGGUUGUGCUUCUCAUUGGUGGGAUUAACAUGCAAAUAUAUGCCUGGGAUGAGGCGUUCUGUGAAAAACUAGUCAAGUGUGGUUUUUUUGUAGUGCGCUUUGAUAACCGUGACAUUGGACUUUCCACAAAAGUAGAGAAACGCGGUAGUGUCAUACCAGCUCGUCUGUUGCUGCCAAAAGCUCUUGCCUUUGGGGAACGUCUUCCCUACACGAUUAAGGACAUGGCACGUGAUGCUCUGGGGCUAUUGGAUGCGCUUGGCAUUCCAUCUGCCCACGUUAUGGGCAUCAGUAUGGGUGGCAUGAUUGCACAGACGAUGGCGCUUCUUUCUCCGCACCGUGUCCUUAGCCUCACAAGCAUCAUGUCAACAACAAAUGCCCCUGACCUUCCAGAUCCCCAGCUGUGGGUCAAAAUGUGGCUUCUACGGAAACCACCCGUGAAUUGCACGCUUGAUGAACUUAUAAACUUCCGUC